UUCUGUCACCAGCAUCAGCAGGAGCUUCUGGCCCUCAAGCAUCAGCAGGAGCUGCUGGAGCAUCAGAGGAAGAUGGAGCAGCACCGGCUGGAGCAGGAGCUGGAGAAACAGCAGCGCGAGCAGAAGCUCCAGCUCCUCAAGAACAAAGAACGCGGCCAGGAGAGUGCGGUGGCCAGUACAGAAGUGAAGAUGCGUCUGCAGGAGUUUGUUCUGAAUAAAAAGAAAGCGCUCGCUCAGCGCAGUCUCAACCACUGCAUCUCCAACAACCCACGCUACUGGUACGGGAAAACUCAGCACAGUUCUUUGGAUCAGAGCUCCCCUCCUCAGACCAGCGUUAGUCUCUACAACCCUCCUGCCAUGAGCGUCUACGACUCCAAAGAUGACUUUCCACUGCGCAAAACAGCGUCUGAACCGAACCUGAAGCUGCGUUCGCGGCUGAAGCAGAAGGUGUCGGAGCGGAGGAGCAGCCCGUUACUGCGCCGCAAAGACAGUCCCAUCAGCACGCUCAAGAAACGCUCUCUGGAUAUGGCAGAUUCGGUGUGUAGCAGCGCUCCUGGAUCUGGACCCAGUUCCCCAAACAACAGCUCACACGGAAACCUGUGCGAGAACGGCAUCAGUGUGACUGAGUCGUCUCACAGGCCGGCUGGUCAGGACGGGUCGGUUAGUCAGCUGUCUCUCUACACAUCUCCUUCACUACCCAACAUCACCCUGGGUCUGCCGGCCACUGCCACCAACAACGUGACGUCUACCCAGCCUGACAGCGAAUGUUUGUCUGUGACCGGUUUACCCAUAAGCACUAACAAUUUUGGAAAAGGCUCAGUUUUAUUUUGUUGCUUCUUCAACAAGGUGACGUCUACCCAGCCUGACAGCGAAUGUUUGUCUGUGACCGGUUUACCCAUAAGCACUCCGUUCCUGGUCGCCUCUCACCUGCCGUCAUUUCUUGGCAAUUCGGACACUGCAAACUCCCACAAUGCACUGCUGCAGCACAUGGUCCUUCUGGAGCAAUCAGCCUCACCGAGUCCUUUGGCCGCAGGUAUCGGAGCGAGUCCACUGCAGAAGCUGCGUCAGCACCGGACGCUGGGCCGCACUCAGUCGGCUCCUCUGCCCCAGAGCAGCCAGGCACUCCAGCAGCUCGUGGUUCAACAACAGCACCAGCAGUUCCUGGAGAAACACAAGCAGCACUUCCAGCAGCUCCACAUCAACAAGAUGUUGAGUAAACCCUGUGAUCGGCAGCACCAGAGCCACCCAGAAGAGACGGAGGAAGAGCUCCGAGAGCAGCAGGAUGCCACACAGACGGAAACACUUCCCAUGAGCCUCCUCAUUAAACAGGAACCUCCUGAUCUCACAGAGGAGCAGAGACCGGAAGAACAAGAGCUGCUCUUCAAACAGAGACCGGAAGAACAAGAGCUGCUCUUCAAACAGCAGGCUCUUCUACUGGAGCAGCAGAGGAUCCAUCAGCUCAGAAACUACCAAGCGUCCAUGGAGUCGGCCGGUGCAUCGGUCUGUUUCCCAGGGCACCGUCCUCUGUCCAGAGCCCAGUCAUCUCCUGCGUCCGCCUCAUUCAUCAGCUCGCAGGAACAGCCUUCCAGACCUCAUUUUACCACAGGUCUGGUGUACGACUCUCUCAUGCAGAAGCACCAGUGCAUGUGUGGCAACAGCAACACACACCCCGAACACGCCGGGCGCAUCCAGAGCAUCUGGUCUCGGCUGCAGGAGACGGGCCUGCGCAGCCAGUGCGAGUGUAUCCGUGGGAGAAAAGCCACAUUAGAGGAACUGCAGACGGUUCAUUCUGAAGCUCAUGUCAUGUUGUAUGGGACCAACCCACUACGGCAGAAACUGGACAGUUCUGUCAUCUCCAUGUUCGUCAGGCUGCCGUGUGGUGGUAUUGGGGUGGACAGUGACACGGUCUGGAAUGAAGUUCACUCGUCGAGCGCAGCGCGUCUGGCCGUCGGUUCUGUGGUCGAACUCGUCUUCAAAGUGGCAUCGGGAGAGCUGAAGAACGGCUUCGCUGUGGUCCGGCCGCCGGGACACCACGCAGAGGAGAGCACGCCCAUGGGCUUCUGUUACUUUAACUCUGUUGCCAUAGCAGCUAAACUCCUACAGCAAAGACUCAAUGUCGGCAAAAUUCUGAUUGUUGAUUGGGACGUUCAUCAUGGCAACGGAACACAACAAGCGUUUUACGACGAUCCCAGAGUUCUGUACGUUUCGCUUCAUCGAUAUGACGAUGGCAAUUUCUUUCCGGGCAGCGGCGCUCCUGAAGAGGUGGGCAGUGGGCCGGGAGUCAGUUUCAAUGUCAACAUGGCGUUUACUGGAGGUCUGGAUCCACCGAUGGGCGACGCAGAAUACCUCGCUGCCUUCAGGACGGUGGUUAUGCCGAUCGCUAGCGAGUUUGCUCCAGAUCUGGUGCUGGUGUCGGCAGGGUUUGACGCGGUGGAAGGACACCCUCCUCCGCUGGGAGGAUAUAAACUCACCUCCAGAUGUUUGGGUCACCUGACUAAACAGCUGAUGGGGUUAGCUGGGGGUCGAGUGGUGCUGGCGCUGGAGGGAGGUCAUGACCUCAGGGCCAUAUGUGACGCGUCCGAGGCCUGCGUCUCAGCGCUGCUGGGGAUAGAGCUAGAGCCGCUUUCUGCAGACGUCCUGAAGCAGAGACCCAAUGAAAACGCUGUGCGCUCCAUAGAGAAAGUCCUAGAAAAUCACAGUCAGUACUGGCAGUGUGUCCAGCGGGUCGCGUCCAGCGUGGGUUUGUCUCUGCUGGAAGCUCAGAGGGUUGAUUCUGAAGAGAACGAGACGGUGACGGCAAUGGCUUCUUUAUCCGUCGCAGCAUUGGAGAAAAGGACGGAGGAUGAGCCCAUGGAAGAGGAGCCGCCGAUGUAGGGGACGAGCGUUUUCCCAGAGCUCUUCUGGGUCUCUGUGUCAGUUUGACUUGGUCUCGUCUGACGGAGAUCCUCGCUGAGCAGAGAGAGACGUCAGGGUAAAGGCUAACUCGCCGCGUUAGCGCUGUAGCCCCAACGCAACACGUUCAAGCUGAAGUCACUUGAGAUGUUUGUUUUUGGAGGUUUCUGUCCCAUUGGCUCGAUGCGCGCACACCUCGUCGCAGACGUCAGCCAGCAGAUCGUUCUGACAGAGGGACGGAUGGAGAAACGGCGCCCAACAAACCCUCUACAGGCUCCAGAAACCCGCUGUUUGUUUAGUAAGACACUAGAUGUACUUCACCAUAAACACUACAGGGAUUGACCUCACGGUGGCGCCGUGACGCAUCAGUGCCACUUUACAGAUGUUUCUCAAAGAUGGAGUGCCUUUGUUGAGAUUCAUGAAUGAACUACGAAUGAAUUCUGAAGAACUUUGCCUUAAGUCAGUAAUGUCAUAAACACGUUACCCAUAAUCCCAGUGGGUUGAUUUUAGAGAAGAGAAAACCUUUUCAGCAUGUUUACUUGGACAGCGUUCGUGCUUUAGUCCUAAACACACGUUGUCUAGCGAUGACUGUUGUGUUUUUUUUCUCUGAGCUGUACAAACGCUGCAGAAAACUCUCUGAGCCUGCAGUGAUGCGUAACAGCGGCUCAGCGUGGCUCCGUGUAACGCAGCGGAAGGCAGGCCGUGGGUUAUUGACUGCCGUGCAUUACAGGAGAAAAACUACAAAACACCCGGACUGAACCGGAGACCAGAAGGUCUGACCAAAGCAUGUUUGCAUCUUUUGUUGCACCUGUUUCUAACCACAGUGCAGUGUUUGACACGGAUUACGAGACCGCAGCGUGUGUGAAACGAUUUUUCAUGAGACAAGAGACGACUGUGCACCAAACCAGCUCGUGUCCCUCUUGAGCCAAACUAACCUUGUAAAAAGAAGGACCAGCUUGCUAAUGUUGUAAACCCCUGAGCAUGAGGAGGGAUCGGUAUCUACAAGAUCAACACAAAUAUGCAUGUGAAAUCUUCAUUUAAUUUGCCUUCUCUAACGAGCCUCUUCUCUCCACAACAGCUUCACCU